AUGGUAAAUAAGAAAACUGUACAUGUAAUAGGAAAUUGGGCUAAAAAAUAAUAAUCUUACAACGCUCUUUAAAAUAUGGAAAGCCGGACGACGACGUACAUGUCACAGGCAAGCCAGUUUUGUCAACUGAAAUUCCUACUCAUGGUAAAAAACAACAACUGAAAUUCCGAAUCAGAAUAGCAACUCUCCAUUCAAUUAGCGAUUGCUAGUUGCAGAAUAAUCACGCGUUUUAUCUUCCCUCCCAUUCAGACUGUCGAGAAAUAUGAAAAGAUAAUAAUCGUAUGUAUGUGUCCGUUACGGUUCCCAAAACCAAUCACUCCAUCACUCCCCGAGAAUGCGAGAAGCCAAGAAAACAAUCGGAUUCAAUGACCCAGCAACGAAAUCUCUUCGUCUCCCUCGAUCCCCUCCCCCUUCUAUCCUAUAAAUACACCACACAACAUCUGCAGGAGCCCAACCAUUCCAAUCAUCCCCAAGCCAGAAACGACGUACCAAAACCAUGGGUUCUUCCAACAAGAUCUCCCUGAAGCUGCUGGUGGACACCAAGUCGAAGAAGGUGCUGUUCGCGGAGGCCGGCAAGGAGUUCGUGGACUUCGUGUUCAGCCUGCUGACGCUCCCCAUCGGCGCCGUGGCGAAGCUCAUCUCCGCCGGUGCCAUGCACGGGAGCAUCGGCAGGCUGUACCAGAGCGUCGACGACAUCGGCGGCUGCUACCUGCUCCCGGGCAAGGACAAGUCGGACCUGAUGCAGCCCAAGGUGCUGCACCCGGAGACCCGCGAGCUGCUGCUGCUGCAGGGCAAGGCCGGGGCCGGCAGCUGCUCGCCUGAGGACCCGUCGCCGCUGGGCAAGUUCAAGAUGUACACCUGCGCCGGGUCCUGCGCUACGGCCACCAUGGAGCCCAAGACCGCGUGCCCGCAGUGCAAGCAGGCCAUGGCGUCCGAGAUUACCUUCGUGCUGCCGUCCGCCGCGCCCAAGGCCGCGUCGUCUUCUUCGUCGGACGACAGCGGCGGGUUCGUGAAGGGGCUCGUGACGUACAUGGUGACGGACGGGCUGGAGGUGACCCCCAUGUCGGCCAUCUCCAGCAUCACGCUCAUCAACAAGUUCAGCGUCAACAAGGACGUGGAGCUCGCCGAGAAGUUCGUCAGCAUCGGCAUGGACGAAGGGCUGGGGCUCCUCAGGGCGGCGCUGCGAUCCGACACCGUGCUCUCCGACGUCUUCCUCGCCAAGAAGAAGUGAUCGUUCCUUGAUGAUGACCUGCGUGCAGUUGCCAGUUAUCAAGGGUGGUAAUAAUAAAGUUUGGUGGAGCUGUUUUUGGCUUGUGAUUUAUCAAUGUGCCUGUUAAUUUCCAGUUUGUGUCUCGAAGACUUAAAGUUGAUUAAUCUCUGUUUUUCUUAAAGUUGAAUAUCUGGUUUUUUAGUUGUGGUUGGGUUA